AUGUCUACCCUAUCUCUGAUCGUCUUUAUUGGGACCUUGAUCGCAACGACUUCGGCCCAGUCCUCGAAUCCCUCAGUAUGGGCGUCCGUCGCAAUGGUGAUGCAUGGUGAGCGCACGCCCCUGCGCAGCGAGCUCCAAGAUGCUCUGACUCCCAUGGGUGCUCAGGAGAUGUACGCCCAGGGCAGCGCCUUCAGAAGUCGUUACCUGGCCAGCGGGACGCCGACAAACGUCUCCGAGGGGCGCAUCACGUCGCGCGCCGCCAUCAAGGGCAUUGCGCGGAACGUCGUUGACCAUGACCAGCUCUCGAUCCUCUCGCUCCCCGAUGCCCACAUCGCCGCCGGUGCCGUUGCCUUCAUGCAAGGCCUCUACCCGCCAAUCACGCAGGCCUUUGCGGCCGACACUGGAGGAACAAACAUCUCCUACUCGACGCUUACCGGGAACUCUACGCAGUAUCCUCUAGAUGGCUACCAAUACCCGAUUAUCGAGACGUUGGGGUUGGCUGAUGAUAGGUCAAUUGACAUCCGGGGCAACACUGAUUGCCCGCAGUGGAAGAUCUCGACGACAUAUAUCAUGCAGCUGGACCCGUAUAUGCAAGCUCUCGAUCAGGCGUCCAGUUCCGGAUACACGUCCCUCUUCAGCACGCCACCGCUGAACGAUGGCACCAUCUCACUCUCACACGUGGACUUUUGGAACGCGUACGACAUAUACGACUACGUCCGCUACCGAUACUCGCACGAGCAGGCUGUCUACGACGCCAUGCAGGACGAGUACGCACAACGAAUUGAGUUCCUCGAAAUGUAUGCCCGACUGCAGCAACUCAACAUGACGUCAAAUCAAGCAGUAUCAGGCCUCGUAAAGGGCGAUAUGAUCCGAACCAUCGCCGGCAGGACAUUCGCGAGAAAGGUCGUCGACGCCCUCGAGGCCAAUGGCGACUUUGGCGGCUACUCAAACAAGAUGACGCUCAUGUUCAGCUCCCAAGAGCCAUUCCUCUCCUUCUUCUCUCUCGCCAAUCUCCAGAACCAGAACCAGACGCUCUCAAGCCCCUUUUGGAACAUUCCCGAGAACGGAGCCGCCAUGGUCUUCGAGCUCGUCGGCGACCAGCCCAACCAGCCCGACACCUACCCCACCGAGGAGAACCUCUACAUCCGCUUCCUCUACCGGGAGAACGCCGAACCUGAUACGCCCUUCCAGGAGUACCCCCUCUUCGGCCUCUCCGACGCCGAAGACUCCCGCGUGACUUAUAGCUACUUCAAGCAGGAGAUGCUCAAGUUCGGCAUCGACACCGCGACGUGGUGCAGCAUCUGCGGCUCGAUCCAGUCAUUUUGCGACUGGGAGAUUACGAGGACGACUCCGACCGUCGGCGAGGCCAUCCGCUCGGCGGCGCAAAAGCCCGUUGUCGCAGGCAUCAUUGGCGCGAUCAUUGUCCUCGCCGUUUUGGGCCUGGUAGUUGUCUCGGCGGCCGUUCUCGGUGGUUUCCGCAUUCAUCGUGCGGGAGGAGGAAUAGGAGGAAGCAAGAGCGGCAAGGAGGGCGGGCGGAUCGCCGGGCUCGGUGGGUUCAGGGCCGCGGAGAAGAUGGCCAGCGACCCGGACCUAGCUGUCUCUGGACGCGGGGUGCGUCAUGAGCGUCAGGGGAGCUGGGAGCUGCGCGACGGACGGGAGGUCACGAGCGGCCAGUCUGGUAUUGCUGUGGAUAAGAGCGCGUCGACUUUCCAGGCCAAGCCUGUUGAUGAUGAUGAUGCCAAUAGUGUCAUGGGGGCGUCGCCGGUGAAGCCCAGGGAGGACGUUUGA